AUGGAUCUUGGCUACAAUUUUUUGUCUGGUACUAUUCCAACUUGGUUUGGACAAAGCUUUCCAUUUCUAAGAAUUCUAAUUUUGAGGUCUAAUGCAUUUUAUGGAGAAUUGUCACUUGACUUUUCAAAACUAGAUUAUCUACAAAUCCUUGACCUUGCUAGAAAUGACUUGAGUGGGAACAUUCCAGCUAGCUUGAGUUAUCUGAAAGCAAUAGCCCAAGUGCAGAAGAAAAACAAGUAUUUACUGUAUGGAAAAUUUGAACAACACUACUAUGAAGAAAGCUUAGAUGUGUAUGUGAAAGACCAACUAUUAAAGUAUACCAGGACUCUUUCCCUUGUUACUAGUAUAGACCUUUCUGAUAAUAAUUUCACCGGCAAUAUUCCCAAUGAAAUAACAGAAUUGUAUGGUUUGGUGGUUCUCAACUUGUCAACAAACCAUAUAACUGGCCAAAUUCCUGAAACCAUGUCAAAUUUGCUUCAACUAUCCUCUCUUGAUCUCUCAAACAACAAACUUACUGGAACAAUUCCUUCAAGUUUGUCUUCCUUGUCAUUUUUGGGGUCCCUACAUUUGUCCAAUAACAACCUCAGGGGUGUCAUUCCUUAUACAGGUCAUAUGACAACCUUUGAUGCUUUAACUUUUACUGGGAAUCCUGGUCUUUGUGGUCCUCCACUCCCUGUGAAGUGUUCGGGUGAUGAUGACAACAGACAUAGUACUAAUAAUGAUACAAAUGGUGAAGGUUUGUUUGAUAACUGCUCUUACUUGAGCCUUGGUUUGGGGUUUGCAACAGGUAUUCUUGUUCCUUAUCUCAUUAUAACAAUCAAGAGUUCUUGGGGAGAUGUAUAUUUUGAUUUUGUGGAUCAAAUUAUUUACAAAUUACUGAGGUUAACACGCAGACAAGGAAAAGAUAAUGGCCAAAGGAGAAAGAUACAUCAGAGGCAAUAG